AUGGAGGGAUUUUUAAAAUCCGAUGAAAGACAAAGACUAGCCAAAGAAAGACGAGAAGAAAGAGAGAAAUGUCUUGCUGCUCGGGAGCAGCAGAUCCUGGAGAAACAGAAAAGAGCCAAGCUCCAGUAUGAAAAGCAAAUUGAGGAGCGAUGGCGAAAACUGGAAGAGCAGCGGCUACGGGAGGACCAGAAGAGGGCUGCUGUGGAAGAAAAGAGGAAGCAGAAGCUCCGAGAGGAGGAGGAGCGGCUAGAGGCAAUGAUGCGUAGGUCUAUUGAGCGCACGCAGCAGCUGGAGCUGAAGAAGAAGUGCUCUUGGGGAGGAGCGCUGGCCGCAGCAGCGUCAGGAAGCAGCCACGCAUGUGACAAACUUUCAACAUCAAUCAUGAACUUACCAAAGCAGAUGGAACCUCCUAUGAGUAAGCGCUUGUCUUCAUCCACCGUGACAAUACCUUAUUCUCCAGAACGAGUAUUCCAUGACUAUCCUCGUAUAGCUCCUGUUGGCCCUCUCAAAUCUUACAAAUCUUCUCCAACUGGAAAUGUUGAGAAAAAGAAGACCACUUCCACAUCUAGCAUUGGAGAUAUGGGGAAAGGAGCAACUGCAGGAGCUGAGGCCCCUUUGGUGGAGAAGUCAAAGAGGGAGCCUCGAACACCAACUUCUGUGACCACUGUGGGCCUGGGGUCCCCUCUGAGAAGAUGUGACUUUCCAGCAGGCCUUUCUAAGAGACCAUCUUCUCCUAUAACACUCAAGUCAACUUCCAAAGUCUAUCCACUCUCUCCAAAGAACAUGAAGCCACCAUCCCUAGGGUCACCAGUGAAAUACCGCCUUCCCCCCUUUUCCAACCGAGAGAUACCCAAGAAGAAGGCAGAUAAAGAGAAGACCAACAAGGAAAGGGAAGGUGCUGUUGGCCUACAGACAUUUGGUGCACACGGAGAGGAUGUCCCUGAGAAGCAUAUUGUGGACAGACACAUCACUGAGAAGUAUGUAAUUUCCACAGGAAAGGUGGAGAGCAGUGAAGCCUUGGGAAAGCCCACGGCAGGCACCACUGAUGCUGGAGAGGCAGUGAAGAUCCUGGCUGAGAAGAGGCGGCAGGCACGCAUGCAGAAAGAGCUGGAAGAACAAGAACGCUUGGAGAAGGAGAAACAAGAAAGGCUGGAGGAAGAGGAAUUGAAAAGAAAGGUGGAGGAAGAAAGACUUCGUCUAGAAGAAAAAACCUGUAAACAGGAAGAGGAAAGGAAGCGACAAGAAGAGGAAGAUAAAAAAAAGGCAGAAAAGGAGGCAAAGCAGAAGGCUGAGGAAGAGCAGUUGUUGAAAGAAAAGCAAGAAAAGGCCAUGAUCGAGAAACAGAAAGAAGUAGCAGAAGCAAAGGCCCAAGAAGCCGCUAAGCAAUUGCGUCUAGAAAGAGAACAGAUCAUGCUGCAGAUUGAGCAGGAGCGCCUGGAGAGGAAGAAGAGAAUAGAUGAAAUAAUGAAGAGAACAAGAAAGAGUGAAGUCUCUCCAGAAGUGAAGAAAGAAGAGCCUAAGGUGGGGAUUCCUCCUACUGUGUGUGUGGAAAGUAAGACAAAACCAGUUGUCCCCAACAAAAUUGAUAUAAAUGGAUUGAACACCUGCCAGAAAUUGAAUGGUGUAGGGCACACUGCCCCAGAAACUUUUCCCGGAGAUGUUUUUGCUAAUGGGCUUAAACCAGUUGCAGGAUUUAUUCAUCUGGAUGCCCUUAAUGGCAAAUCAAACAGUCUAGAUGACUCCACUGAAGAAGUUCAGUCUAUGGAUGUGAGUCCUGUUUCAAAAGAAGAGCUUAUCUCCAUCCCAGACUUUUCACCAGUGAAUGAAAUGAUUCCUGGGGGGUCUCUGGACCAAAAUGGAACUGGUAAUGCCCGAGCGCUUCAAGAUCUCUUAGAUUUUACUGGUCCCCCAGCAUUCUCCAAAAGAUCCAGUGAGAAUCUCAGCCUGGAUGACUGUAACAAAAACCUGAUCGAAGGAUUUAAUAGUCCUAGCCAAGAAAACUCUCUGAAUACCUUCUGUUGA